AUGCCAUCGCGACGACAGAAACAUUGCGUCAGUCUCAGCUCAGCAUGUGGGAAGGCAAAGAGUAACCUACGCUCGACACUUGGUAAUUUGAGCAUGCUGUCGUCACAGCCAACGUUAGUCUCCUCAGACUCGUUAACAUCUCUAUCUACGACUACAAGCUCGUAUGGCGGCUUCAUGGAAGACUAUGACGAUGUGGAUGAGGAGAUCGAGGGCGAGGAGUGCUGCGAACAGGGCUGGAUGUAUUGGAAAAAGAGCGACGAUUGUUGGCUCAAGAUGUAUGCGCGUUUGCGUAACGAACUGCUAUGGCUUUCAAAGGGCGCGCAUGACGUGGUGGCCGUUGUGCAGAUCGCCGUCGCAGGUGUGCAAGCCACCGAAAUUGGUGGCAUCAUCGCGCGAGGUCCCGCUGGCGAGAGUAUGGAGUUAUUCGCUUACGAACGCGGACGCACAUGCGACUGGAUAGACGCACUCUUUGUGGCUGCCCAACUCACUCAAUCAUACGAGCGUUCAGUGGCGGCCGAGUCGGUAGAGGGCGAGAUGACCCACCGAGAGCUUAGAGAGGUGAAGAAAGUAUACACGGGUACACUAGUCACCUACAACAAGGAGCAGAACAAAUGUCCGUGGAAACGACGGCUGCGCAACGCGUGUCGACGACGAUUGGAGAAGUUUGUGGAUCGCCUCGACACUUCCAUGCGGUAA